UAAAACGAAUGAAAUCCAUCGCCAGAAGCUAUGCUUAUUGGCCCCUCAUGGACCAACAUAUCGUGGAUUUAGUAAGCAAGUGCACACAAUGUCAGCAAGCAGCUAAGUGUAACGCGAAAAUACUACCAGUCCCAUGGCCACAGCCUGAGUAUCCCUGGUCCAAGAUACAUGUCGAUUUCGCAGGCCCAAUUAAUGGAAUCACCUAUCUAGUCGUUGUUGACGCCUUUUCGAGAUGGCCAGAAAUUGUUCCCGUCAUGCCACCAACGACAACCCAAACGAUGCAACUGUUGACAGAGAUGUUCUCUCGCAAUGGGUUACCGGAUAUAAUCGUUUCCGACAACGGUUCGCAAUUCACCUCAAGCCAAUUUCAGGAAUUUUGCAAACGCCUAUCCAUCAAGCAUUUCCGCUCUCCACCUUACCACCCACAGUCAAAUGGACAAGCAGAAAGAUUUGUGGAUACAUUCAAGAGAGCUCUAAUGAAGUCGAAAGGGGAGGGGACGCCAGUAGAAACACUGCAGAAUUUCUUGUUUGUUUACCGAACAACACCUAGUGAUAUGCUACCACAGCAGAAGUCCCCGGCAGAGAUCCUGAUGGGAAGGAAAUUGAGGACGAUCCACAGUCUCAUGUGCCCAAGAACCACACCACCACCAUCUCAGACCAAAUCUCAGAAGCUUCCAGCGUACGAGGUUGGAUGCCCUGUGUUCGCUCGAGACUACACAGCAAAUCAUGGUCCUUGGAUCGAAGCACGUGUGGUUGGAAGACUAGGCCAAGUUAUGUACAAGGUAAAGGUGGGAAGAGACACAUGGACUAGACACCGAAAUCAACUACGUAAGCGGAUAGCCCCAGACCACCCAUCAACAGGAGUAAAUCUUCCCCUCGAUAUCUUGCUUGAUACCUUCAACUUACCGGCAACCCUACCACAAGAAAAACCUCAACAACAAGCUGAAAUACGUCCCAGACGAUGGCCUAUAAGAGAACGGCGAGCUACAGUCAAGAUGCAGGUUGACCCCAGGAAAGCCCGCUAUUAAAAAGGGGAGGAGUGUUGGGGACGAUAGAUCCCCAAACUCAUAUUUUAAAUUUUAUCUUACCGAUCAUCUUAUCGAUUAAAUGUUAGAUAUUUUUAUUGGGGUCAAUUGAUGAACUAUCGAUUAAAUGCGCAAAUAGGUCAAUUAAUGAACUCAUUGAUUAAUGUUUAAAAAUUUUCUAUGACAAUAUCGAUUGUAAAUAAUUGUAUAAAUACGCUUGACUUGUAUGCUUGAUCUGAUCUGCCUGCCUGACUUGGUAUCUGCUGUUGCUUGUAGAAUACACUUUCUACGCCUUACCAAGACUUCUUGAUCGAGUUAGCUGAGUCGAAGACAACGGACCAGAAUAGUCUCUUGAGUCUCUGAAUCCUGAGCCUUCGUUCCGUUCCGAAUAAGUCGAAUCAGUAGUAUCCUCAAGGUUAACGAACCUAACACAUAUUGAGUCAAAUAAUUUUAUGCUUCAUUUAGACAUUCACACGCAUGCCAAACAGCUGUUUAUUUCUCCCAUAAUCUCAUUUCUGUCUAACUCCUUUUUAUCAAAGUCAUUGUGAAAAUCCAUAUUCCAUAGGUAUCAAGAUUAUAUACAUACAGAUUACUAUUAUCAUCUGCAUCGUUCAAUUAUGAAGUUUUCAUUGUUAUCAUCA